GUGGAGCUCUUGCCUGUUCUCUCUCAAGACAGUACUAUUGUUUUUGUUUUUUUUCCCUGUGUGUGAGUCACUGUGAAGUAUGACAAAGCUCCAAGCUGACAAACAUACAGAGCAUUUCUCAGAAUCGACAGGCAAGGGCAGAGGUGACAAGCGUGUGUCUUUCCCUCCAGAUGAGGAAAUUGUGUCAGGAUUCGCGGAGUACAAAGACACACAAAACGCUGAUGGCUGUCUUACUGUGGCAGACAUCAGCUCUGCCUAUGAACAGAGCUGUGUGAAGCAUCAAGUUGAACCCAACCUGAAAGCACUGGAGCAGAUAAAGCUAGUGGCAACCGUUGGCACGAGAGCUGGAUGUCUUGACCUAAGAGGUGAACGGCUAGAUUACAGCUCGUGUGAAUCUCUUGAGGAAAUUCUGAAAUCUGUGCCGUUUGAUUCCAUCAAUCUUCAAGAGACAGAACUUGAGGAAAAUGGUGCAUCAUCCUUAUUGGAGAUGAUUUUGUACUACGAGUCGGCUUGUCAGCUGAAUGUUUCAUCCAAUUUGCGAAUGGGCCCUGCUGGAUGGUCGGCCCUCUCCCGUCUCACCAGACAGAGCAGUUGCCUGUGGAGACUGGAUGCCUGUAACAUGCCCAUGGUGGAGUACCCGGCGCAGGCCCUGUCAAAGGCCCUCCUCGCCAGCAGACUGACAGUGCUGCACCUGGAGAACGCCAGCCUCAGUGGCAGACCCCUCUUCACUCUCGGUAGGAUUUAAUGAUGCACUCCAGAAUGAUCAUGUGUAACACUAGCACUAACACUUACACUUACACUAACACUAACACUAACAUGCAUAUGAAUGAGAGUGUCAUUAAAAUGAA